UUUUUUUUCUUCUUUUGAGUGGGACUGGAUGGGAGGGAGCAGCAGCUUCAGUACCAGGCACUGCUCUCCCUCWGUACGGACUGGAUAGACUGAUAGAAAGAGGAGGAGGAGGAGGAGGCUCAUACAUGCUGCCGCCACCAUUCCUGCUGCUGCUGCCUUUGUCGAACAGGGAGCUGCUUCGAGGCCACUUAUAGCCAGUUGGAUAUUCUUUUUUUUUUUUUUUUUUUUUUUUUUUUUUUUUUUUUUUUUUUUUUUACGGAACCCGAAGCGGUGGAUAACGGAGUGACGGACGUACCAAUGUACUCGUUACACGAGAGCAGCGGACUGCUUGUGCUGCUGGUCUUUGCAGGACUGCAGAUUGCAGCAGAGGCCAGGGGUGCCCCACCAUGCAAGCCAGGCUUCACUGAAGAUCUAUACACUGUCGUGGUGCCAGAUAUCGCAGAGAAAGGAUGGCCUCUUUUCAACUUGAAGUUUAUCAGCUGUUGGCGAGGUGGUCUGGUGCGAUUUGAAUGCAGUAAUCCAUCUGACUUCCGGAUAGAGGCCGACGGAGUCGUUUAUGCUGCAAGGACUCUUCAGGCCUCCUCACUCCCUGUGUCACCUUUGCUGAUCAAGGCUGUCGACACCACCACUCGGCAGCAAUGGAUGACCCAAGUCAGGCUGRCACCCCCCAUACAGGACCAGGAACGUGCUGUCCCUCCAGUCAUGUCCAAGAACUUAGAGGAAAUAGUGUUCCCUUUGCGAAACGCGGACAGCCAACUGAAACGCAUAAAAAGAGACUGGGUCAUCCCUCCAAUCAAUGUCCCUGAGAACUCACGAGGCCCAUUCCCACAAGAGCUAGUCCGGAUCCGAUCAGAUCAUGAUAAAAGCAAACUUCUGAGAUACAGUGUGACGGGCCCAGGCGCUGACCAGCCUCCACUUGGAAUCUUCACCAUUGCCCCCAUUUCUGGAGAGCUGUCGGUCAACAAGCCCCUGGAUCGAGAGCACAUCCCCACCUUCCAUUUGAGAGCCCAUGCAGUGGACCUGAAUGGCAAUCAGGUUGAAAACCCAGUUGAUAUUGUGAUCAACGUGAUCGAUAUGAACGACAACAGACCCGAGUUCACUCAUCAGAUCUGGAAUGGCACGGUACCAGAGGGUUCCAAACCAGGAACAUUUGUCAUGACGGUAACGUCUUUAGAUAAAGAUGACCCAAAAACAGCAAAUGGAAUGCUUCGUUACAAGAUCUUGUCUCAGACUCCCGAGAGUCCGAGCUCCAGUAUAUUCACCAUCAACAAUAAAACUGGAGGCAUCAUUACGGUAGCAGCAGGCCUGGACAGAGAGAAAGUGCCUCAGUACACCUUGAUCAUCCAAGCAACCGACAUGGAGGGCAACUCGAUGUAUGGCCUCUCCAACACAGCCACAGCUGUCAUCAAAGUUACCGACAUUAAUGACAAUCUGCCCGAGUUCACUGCUGAGAAGUUUUUUGGGGAGGUGCCUGAGAACUGUGUGAACGUUAUCGUGGCAAACCUGACUGUGACUGACAAGGACCAGCCAAACACACCUGCCUGGAAUGCYGUCUAUAAAAUCAUUGACGGUGACCCCACUGGCAGAUUUUCAGUGCCCACCGAUCCAACAACUAAUGAGGGCCUGGUAACUGUUGUCAAGCCUAUUGACUAUGAAAUUACUCGAACGUUUAUGCUGAAAGUGGAAGCUAGGAAUGAGGUUUCCCUGACUACGGCGAUCCAAUCCCACAGACAGUCCACUGCCACGGUCUCCAUCAGGGUAAUAGACGUCAAUGAGAGYCCCUCCUUUGAGCCCAACCCUAAACUAAUCAGACUGGAGGAAGGGAUGGUGCCCGAGUCAGAGCUGACCUAUUUUACUGCGCAGGAUCCUGAUCGCUUCAAGCAGCAAAUCAUCAGAUACUCCAAGCUGUCAGAUCCAGCCAACUGGCUAAAUAUUGAUGCCGUCUCUGGUCGAAUCACAACAAUGGCCAUUUUGGACAGAGAGUCUCCUUAUGUGAAGCACAGUUUAUACAAUGCUACAUUCCUGGCCAUCGAUGACGAUAAGAAGUUCCCUGCGACYGGCACAGGAACGCUGCAGAUCUUCUUGCUGGACAUCAACGACAACGCACCCAAAGUGUUUCCUCAGGAAGCAGAGAUAUGUGAAAAGCCGGAGCCCAACAUCAUCAACAUCACUGCAGUGGACGGGGACCUGAUCCCAAACGCUGGGCCUUUUGCCUUUGAGUUGGCUCACAAGCCUUCGGAUAUCAGAAGGAACUGGACCAUAACAAGAACCAGCGGUGAAGGUGCUCAACUGAGCCUGAAGAUUGGUUUCCUCGAAAGCGGUAUCUAUGUCAUCCCCAUCAUAAUCACGGAUUCAGGCAACCUACCCAUGGCCACCACCUCCUACCUGCGGAUUAAAGUGUGCCAGUGUGACAUUAACGGAGACUGCACCGACCAGCAACACAUCAUGGCUGCUGGUUUGGGAACAGGCGCCAUCAUAUCCAUCCUCCUCUGCAUCAUCAUCCUGCUCGUCCUUGUGCUGAUGUUUGUGGUGUGGAUGAAGCGCCGUGAAAAAGAGCGUCAGGCCAAACAGCUUCUUAUCGAUCCCGAGGAUGAUGUGAGAGACAACAUCCUCAAGUAUGACGAGGAAGGCGGUGGAGAGGAGGAUCAGGAUUAUGACCUGAGUCAGCUUCAGCAGCCAGACACGCUCGAGCCUGAUGCCAUCAAGCCGGUGGGAAUCCGCCGUCUAGACGAGAGACCUCUCCACCCCGAGCCCCAGUAUCCUUUGAGGUCAGCAGCACCCCAUCCUGGAGACAUCGGAGAUUUCAUCAACGAGGGACUGAAGGCAGCAGACAAYGACCCCACUGCUCCUCCCUACGACUCGCUGCUAGUGUUCGAUUACGAGGGCAGCGGCUCCACAGCCGGCUCCCUAAGCUCACUCAACUCCUCCAGCAGCGGGGGCGACCAGGACUACGAUUAUCUCAACGACUGGGGCCCUCGCUUUAGAAAACUGGCAGACAUGUACGGUGGAGGCGACGACUAGGACGCGCUGGCACACAUUGAAGGAUAAGGAUCACAAAAAAAAGGAUUUCCUAUUGAAGGACAGCUUCUGAUAUUCCCUGAGAGUGAUAGAACUGUGACUGAAAUUAUAAAAAAAAAAGGAAGAAAAAAAAAACGUUAAUUCAAUUUUUUUUCCCAAAAACAACCAACCUAGGCUUAUUGUUGUAGUCUCUGCAUACAUAUGCUUGUUGAAAGCUUAGGCACAGGCUGUGGUCCAGCUGUGGAGGAUGGUGGGAGGGAAUGCUGGUGGACUGUCACCACUCAGAUUGUCGUACUGAAUGCGCUCAGUUAAACUUGAAUUUCACAGUACAGAAGCACUGGGAUAUAAUGUGCCUUUUUGUACAUUUUUUUGGAUCUAAAUGAUUAGUUUUAUGUUCAAGGCUUUAAUGGUACUGACUUUUAGAGUGAUUUCAAACGAAUAUGUUACACUCUGGUAUGCUUCAACAUGCUUUUUCUUUCUUUUUUUUCUGUUUCUUUUGGUUACACAACGCUCCUGUUUGAAGGCUAUUUAAAUAAAUCACAAGGAUUGAACAUCUGUUAGCUUGGAUGAGAAGAAAAACGAUUUAAAGCAGCACUGUACAGUAUGCUAAACCUUUAGACUUUCUCACAAAAAAUUAAAAUUAUGCAGCUGGUUGCAAAUAAAGGGAGUUAUAAAUCACACUUUUGUAGCAUUUUUUUAUUAUUUUUUUUUGAAGUGGUGUAGUAUUUUACAAAAACAACAAACUGUUUUGGUCUAAUUUAUGUACACUUCUUUUGCCUUAGUCAUAAUCUGAUAUGUUCGAGUUUUACUUCACUGUAAAAAGAUGUGUGUACAUAAUAUUUUUUUCCUCCCUUUUUUUUUUUCUUUUGAUGUAGUAUUAUGGAAAAAGUGCGAAGUUCCAAACUUGUAAAUGUAUAAUUUGGACAACAAAUACAAGUUUUUUUGCAUGUUUUUAUCUUUUCAUGACGACAAAAACUUUCAAAAAAUUAAAAAAAAAUAGUUUCACAAAUUUCUUUACAACGUGGAAAAAAAACCUGGGUGAUAAUACAUGUGUAGAAGUUACGAGUGUUUUGUAUAAAAAAAAUAAAUGGGGAAAAAAACAAUAAAAUAGAAAAGUAGUGAUCUUGUCAGCACAACUGUUGAAUUUGUACCAAACAAAAUGGGACGUGGGAAGGUCAGAAGUGCUGUUGGCACUGAUGAAAGACUCAGCUUUAAGACUGGAGCAGGUGUUGAACUGAAGCCUUGUGGAAAACCGUGUGUACUCCAACACAAAUUAUACAUCUCUGACCCCAACCAUCCAAAUAAAAUGCUGAUUUUGGAGCUAAUAAAGGAAAAAAA